GGUGAUUACUGAUUAGCUUAAGCACUAUGUCACUGUGGGCCCACCGACCCACUCAGGUGGUGGACCAUCCAAUCCCAUCAUCACUGUCCCUGUCCUCUCCCAUCGGCGGGGGGAUAGCUCGCCGCCGCCGGUCCACUCGCCCACCGUCUACUCCACCUCGCCCAUCAUGUCUGCCGCCACAGCUGCAGCUGCCGCUCGGUGCGUCCCGCUCCGGGCGUCCCCGCCGGAGACCGCGAAGUCUCCCGCUUCCGUGCCCACCUCCUCGGCCGCCUCUGCAUCUGCUCCCCUCCGCGCCGCCGCCGUCGCCGCGGGACCUGGCCGCCGUUUCCCGGCGCCGCCGCUCCGGUGCUCCUCCUCGUCGCCGGAGAACUCUGCACCGCCGGAUCUUGGCUUGCUUCUGGAGGUGGAAGGAGUUCUUGCAGAUGUCUACCGUUUCGGCAAUCGCCAAGCUUUCAAUGUAGCAUUUCGAAGCCUCGGGCUAGAUUGUGCAAAUUGGACAGAGCCAAUAUAUGCUGAUUUGGUGAGGAAAGCUCGUGGUGAUGAGGAAAGGAUGUUGGCAAUAUUCUUUGACAGGAUUGGCUGGCCUGCAUCUUUGCCAACUAGUGAAAAAGGGACAUUUAUAAAAAGUGUUCUUCGUGAGAAGUUGAAAGCUUUGGAAGAGUUCUCAGGUUCUGAUAGCUUACCACUACGGCCUGGAGUCGAAAAGUUCAUUGACGAUGUACUUGGUGAGGGUAUCCCUUUGGCCAUAUUGGCAACAUAUGGGAGAAAUGGGGAAAAGAUUUCAAGAUCUAUAGCUAUGAAAUUAGGCCCUGAAAGAAUCUCGAAAAUAAAGAUUGUUGGAAAAGUUGAGGUUGAAGAAAGCUUCUAUGGGCAACUUGUUCUUGGUAAAGGAGUCACAUCUGGUUUGGAUGAGCAACUUGUCAGGGAAGCCCAAAAGGCUGCUUCUGCAGAGAAGCAGAGGAUUGCAGAAGAAGUUGCAUCGAUCCUAAAACUUAGUGUUGACAUCACAGCAUCCGAAAGCUCUGAUAAGGUAAUAGCAGCUCUCCGAGCUGGUUCAGAAUAUGUUGGGUGUGACGUGCAAAAUUGCGUUCUUGUUGCGGGCAGCCAAUCUGGUGUGCUUGCAGCUGAACGCAUUAAUAUGCCAUGCAUAGUUGUUCGAAGCAGUUUUACUGCAAGAGCAGAAUUUCACUCUGCAAAGGCAGUUAUGGAUGGAUUCGGAGACACAGACUUAACCGUUUCAAAACUACUGAGCAAAAGGUGGUCUUAAUUAUGUGUCACUUGUGAACACAAAUGUUUGGAUUGGAGGCUGUUAUAAAGUUGUAAUUGAUUGAGUGCUAACCGGACCAAAGCUUUAUGUAAACAUGACACUUGAGGUGUUGCUGAUGAAAGCUGCUGAGUAAUAAAAUGAAUAAAUAAAUUCAGGUGGUGCCAUCGUUUACUUUCA